ACUGACGUGGUACACAUUUUGGGGUGUGUUCAUGCGGCAGAGAACUGUCUCGUACCGAUAAAUAUUCAGAGAGAAACUCUUGUGAUUUUGUUCAUAUUUUUUUCUAAUAAAAUAAAAUUGAAUAAAUUAAAACGGCGAAUGAAACUAGCAAUUUUGAUAUAAACAUUCCUAAAUGUGCAUCUUUUCUUUCGGAUGAAUUACAUCAUUUCUCGUUGGCCUUGUAGAGUGACAUUUCGAAGGCUUGACAGAAGUCUGAAUGCUAUAAAUGUAAACGUUUCUAUUCAUUAAAGCCAAAUAAUCAAGUGAAGCGCAUAUUUGAAUUUUUUUUGCUUACAUCUGAAUGGAAGUAUUGUGCUGAUUUUGUGUUGUUCCGAAUUUGCAUUUCCAUUAAAAUGGGUGGAGGCGAUUUGAAUUUGAAAAAGUCCUGGCAUCCACACACUCUGAAAAAUCAGAAGCGUGUGUACGAAGCGGAGCAGGCAAAUGCAGCUGAAAAGCGAAAACUACAAGAAUUGCAGCGGGAAAUUGAGCAUGAGCGAAAUUUCGAGGAGUUAAAGAAAAUUGGUCAAAGUUCAGGGGUGUUAGCGGCCGACGAUAGCAAGCGAUUGGAAUGGAUGUACAAAGGUGCAGAAAACACUUUGAACCGAGAAGAAUACUUGACGGGCCGUUCCAUUGACAAACAUUUUGAGAAAUCAGACCGUGACGAACGGCAAAAAGAAGCGACAAAUCUCGUCGGGGUCACUGUACCCAAAAACCAUGUCGAACACGAAUGCAUACCAUUCUCAAUUCGGGCAUUCCGUGGAGCACCAGCGAGUGAAGACCAAGUGGAUCUACAGCGCAAAAUCAUGGAAGAUCCAUUGAUGAUGAUCCAACAACGUGAAAUGGAAACCCGAAAAAAAUUACUGGAAAAUCCAGUUAAAUUAAAAGAAAUCCAUCGACUGUUACAAGCUGAUAAAAAACUCAAAGAAUCUUCGACGCACAAAAAGAAUAAGAAAUCCAAGAAAUCGAAGAAGAAACGUUCACAUUCGGAUUCGAAUGGUAGUGAUGACGACUUGGACUCACAGCUUGCAAAAAAGUACAAGAAAUUGCUGGGAGAAAAAGGAGAACAGUCCGAAUCGAUGAACAUUGACAAACUGUUGAACGAUAAAUAUGAGAAACUGUCAUCUGAAUUGGAUAAAAUUAAAAAAUCCAAGAAAAAUGAUAAGAAGAGCAAGUCAAAGAAGAAGAAACGCGACAGCAGCUGUGGCGAUAGCAGUGACAGCUCCGACUCAAGUGACGAUGAUGCAAGGCGGAAAAAAGCAAAAGUUCGUGAACGACGUGAAUCAUCGAAAAGUCAUCGUCCCGAGAAGUUGGAUGAUCGGCGAGUGAGAGAGAAUCGUUCACCACAACGGAAUCGAUUUGAUAGAAGGUCUCGAUCACCGGUACGAAAUAAUCGUCCGCGUGACAAUAAUGCAAGAUUCAAUAAUAAUAAUUCACGGUACAACAAUAAUCCACGAGAGAGAUUUGGGAAUUCAAGGCGAAGGUCCAACUCGCGGAAUCACUCAAAUUCAAGAAGAAGAUCGAAUUCUCGGCGACGAUCUCGGUCUCCACGUCAAAAUUAUAGAGAUCGAGAUCGACAAGUCGAACGUAGGCGAAGCCGUUCACCCAUUCGAGAAAAACGUAACUCGCCUGCUGAUCGAUAUCGAUCGAACCGACAAAAUGACCGCGAUAAUAGUAGAAAUCGGUCAAAUCGCCAGAAUGAUAGACGACGCAGCAAAUCAAGAACUUUGUCACCAAAAAGAAAACCACGUCGACACUCUCGUUCACGCUCCAGAAGCAAAUCGUACACAAGACGAACCAAGGAAUCGAAAUAUGAAUCUAAAAAAGUCUCAAAAACACCAGAACGACCGAAGCUCGAACGGAUUGAAUCAAAAGAAAAUCACAAAAAUGAAACAGAACGGCCUGUUCGUACAGUCGCACCACCACCACCACCACCACAAAAAAAACAAUCAUCCAGUUCAUCAAGUGGAAGCAGCAGCAGCAGUUCGGAUUCGGAAAGUGAUCACGAACGCGUAGCACCAAAGAAUUAUGGUCUCGUUACAGCUGGUGGUGAGAAAAUUGCAUUGGAACGAAAAAAUGAAUCAAAGCACACUGCAAUGGUGCCGCAAAAGAAGCCAACAUCCACGUAUGUUCCGCAGCCAAAAAAGAAAUUGACCGAAGAGGAGAAAGAAGCGCGACUACGUGAAAUGCAACGAAAUGCCGAAUGGCAUGACAAAGAGCAGAACAUAAAUCGAUUGCGUAAUGAAGAACGGGCCAAACGAGAGACGGAACAAGAGAAACAUUUGGAAUUCGAUAAGAAUUACAUUCACAAAGAGAUGAACAAAGCAUUAAACAACCAAGACAGUGUCGAAGCUCGCUUGAAAUCAAACAAAAACAAUAUCCAACGUAUGUCCAGUUCCAUGCAUUCACAUUUCGCUAAGAAAUGAACAAACAUACUCCUACUAUUUCCCAUUUUAAACUCAGCUUCUCCAAUCAAAUAAAAUUUCAUUUCAUCCAAAACACAAAA